GGUCAGUCGCCGUUUGCGCAUGCGCUCUAUGCGGGAACUCGCUGAAGCGGGCCUGCACGGCAGCGGGUGUCCCAGGGCCCCGCCGGCGGAGCGGGAGGCUGCGGGUCGCCCACGCCCGCUUCCCUUCUGCUUACCGCGCCGUGCGGCUCGAACCCGCGCCCUCUCCGUCGGUACCGGCCCGAAACCACCCGCCUUGAGGGGAUGAGGAGGCGGUGCCUGCGGCGCGGCGGGGAUAAAAAUGGCCUCUCGGCGGAUCACACGGGAGACGUUUGAUGCUGUGGUGCAGGACAAAGUUAAAAGGUAUCGCAUGGACCGGGGUGAUGCUCUGGAGAACACAAUCCAUCAUUUCAAAGCUCAUUCAAGGCCUCUCCCAAGACCAAGAUUCGAAGACAGUUUUCAUGACGAUGGAAGAUACGCUCAUGACAACGCCCAGCACCAUCCACACGAUGACUGGAGUGAAGACCCUCGAGAUGACUAUCCAGGACCUUCUUAUCGCUCUGCUAGUCCUCUCAUCAGGAAAGAGAACUAUUACCAUGAACAGUACGGCCGUCCAGCAUCUCGGGACCGGGACUUUGGCCACCUGGCAUCUCGGGACCGGCAGUUUGGGCGUCCGGCUUCACACGACCGGGAGUACGGGCACCCAGCAUCUCGCGAUCGGGAAUGCGGGCACCCGACGUCCCACGAUUGGGAGUACGGGGGCCUGGUUUCACACGACCAGGACUACGGCCCUCCUGACUCUUGGGAAUCCACUGGACCACAUGAAACUGAUUUUAGUUCUUCAGAUAUUUUAGGUGAUUUUAGAUCACCAGGACUCAUGGAAGAUGAAUAUGGCAACAUGGACAAUCAGGAGUAUGAUGUGGACUUUGGAAUUCAAUCCGACAGUGAGUUCCGGCCCCCGCUACGGAGGGGCAGCAUCGGCAGGGGAAGAGUUCUGCGAGGAAAGCGCCUUACGAGGGGCACUGUUAAAGCUAAAGUCUUCAAAGGAGAUAUCAAACCUCCCCUGAAGAAAUGGAACACUAAAAAACUGCCACCAGGCUCUGAUCAGAAACCAGCUCUGCAACCUGAUCAAACGCCUGAAACCGCUGAACAGCCCAACCAGAGGCCGGUGCCCGUCCCACGCCCUAAUCAAAAGUUGCCUCCACGACCUAAUCAGAGGCCGACUUUAACAACCCAGAGACCUAUUCUCAGGCUCCCGAAGCCAGCACAUGUUUUCAGAAAUCUCAGUUUUGAUCUUGUGGACAAAUCAGACAUCUUUUCAACAUUUGGAAUAGAAAUUAUCAAAUGGGCUGGGUUUCACGCAAUAAAAAAUGAUGCAGAAUUUUCCCGGCUCUUUGGAGCUCUCUUCGAGCUGGAGACAGAAACCUGUGCAAAAAUGCUCGCUUCAUUCAAAUGCUCCUUAAAGCCAGAACACAGAGAUUAUUGUUUCUUUACUAUCAAGAGUUUACAACAUGCUGCUCUGAAAACUCCCAAAGUGGACAAUGAGUUUUUAAACAUGCUGUUGGACAAAGGUGCUGUGAAAACAAAGAACUGCUUCUUUGAAAUAAUCAAACCUUUUGAUAAAUACAUAAUGAGGCUUCAAGACCGCCUCCUAAAAGGUGUUACACCGCUGCUUAUGGCCUGCAAUGCUUAUGAAUUGAGCAUUAAGACGAGCGGUUUUGGUAAUCCAAGAGAAAUGGCAAGUGCUUUUGAGACCACAGUCUCUCUGUGCCGUAAGUCUCUAGCCCUUCUGGGUCAGACCUUUGCGCUAGCAUCUGUUUUUAGGCAAGAGAAAAUACUUGAAGCCGUAGGACUCCAGGAAAUGGCUCCAGCGCCAACACUAUUCCCAAACUUUGACGAUUCAACGUUGUUCGGAAGAGAGUACAUUGAAAACUUGAAGGCUUGGUUGGAGAAAAGUGGAUAUCCAAUUCAGAUGAAGAAGGCUGAGCCGGAGUCCACAGCACAGCUUAAAAAACCCUCUCCUGACACAAAAGCUAAAACCCCCCAGCGAGCUGAUCGGAAAGUCGUGGAGGUAAUCGAACAGCUGGUGAACAGCAUUGUUUCAGGCACUUUGUCUGCCAAAGAGAGAAAUGCUCAAAAGAACUGUCCUGAAUAUUGGUUCUUGUCUGAUGAAGAUAGUCUAGAAUACAAGUAUUACAGACUGAAGUUAUCAGAGGUGCAAAGGCGGACAUCGGCUGGAAAGGAAGCGGGUGGCGAGGGCAGAACACUGGAAGAAUCUGCAACAGAAUCAGUCAGAGCCAUGUUAUAUGCCAGGAAAGUCGCAAGUAUUAAGAGGAAGCUAUUUAAAAGGAAAAGGCUUGGAAUUAUCGCCCAACACUGUGUGCGAGGAAGGAAGGUGAGGAGAGCAACCACAGGGACGCAGACCGUGCUUUCGGCAGGUACGGUGCUGAAGCACCAAGACAAACAUCUUCAGGGUUCCGUCCAGUCAAAAACUUCGGUGUCAGAAACCAGCCCGUCUGAGAAUUCUCCCCUCGACACCACCUCGUCCUCACAAUGUGCCGCCAGUUCAGAGCUCGCUCUGCCAGCAGAAGAAAGGGCAGAUGUGGAGAAUUUAUUAGCACCACCUGAACUUUUCCCACCAUUGUCCUCUCCGUUUCCUGAUGUGGAUGCUAAAACAAUGGAAACUGCCGAGAAACUUGCCAAGUUUGUCGCUCAGGUAGGACCAGAAAUUGAGCAGUUCAGCAUAGACAACAGUGCAGAUAACCCAGACCUUUGGUUUUUACAGGAUCGAAACAGUUCUGCUUUCAAAUUUUACCGAAUGAAAGUCUAUGAGCUACGUCCAUCUAUUAACUUCAGUGCUGUGUCAGAAGUAACUGAUGCUGGGGACAGUGCUAAACCUGAAGAGAGAAAUGUGGAUAUUUCAGAAGAAGAAGAGUAUGAAGAAGAAGAGGAAGAAGAUAAUGAGGAGGAAGCUGAGUUUGAGGAGGAUAUCUCCCAGCCUUUGGAAGAAAUGGAGCAAGCAGAGGAGGAGGAAGAGGAUGACACAUCAGCAGGUAGAAGUGUGGAAAACCUAGCAGAAGAGAUGUGUUCCAAAACAGGAGAGGAGAUUUCGACAGGUGAAAUGCAGCUAGCCACCUCCUCUGACGGUGCUGUACCCAAUCUGUCGACACAGGCAUCCGCUCCUGCUCCUGGUACCCUAUUUCCUCGCAAACGAAUCAGCAGCAAGUCUCUGAAAGUUGGUAUGAUUCCUGCAUCUAAAAGGAUUUGCCUCAUAGAAGAACCAAAAGUGCAUGAACCUGUCCGAAUUGCUUAUGAUAGGCCUCGUGGUUGCCCAGUUACAAAGAAGAAGAAGAAACCAAAAGAUUUAGAAUUUUCACACAAGAAACUGACGAACAGGAACGUGGGGUUCCAGAUGCUUCAGAAGAUGGGCUGGCAAGAAGGACACGGCCUUGGGACACGGGGAAAAGGAAUCCGAGAGCCUGUAAAAGUGGGUGCUACCUCUGCAGGGGAGGGCUUGGGUGUUGCAGGGGAAGAAAAUAAAGAAGAUGCAUUUGAUGUUUUCCGUCAAAGAAUGAUACAAAUGUACAGGCAGAAAAGAGCAAGUAAAUAGGUUUGACAUAAGAAACUCGCUCGCUAGAAAGAGCACGGACAUGCAGAGGCUGCUGUGUGCAAGACCCUCGGCAGAGUCUGCCAGUGUGAAGAACACUUGGUUCUAUAGUAGUGGACUUGAACACUAAAGUAUUAAAACAUUUUCCAAGAUUAAAGUUAGUCUUGUAUUUAAUUGUGCAAGCUAACAACUUGAAUGUCAUCUUCUGAGGAAGAAACAACUGCUUUUGUUCUCGGAAGUGCCUGUUUACCUCUCUCUUUGGCCGAGUUUGCCUGUUUCAUGAUGAGAAAUGGAAUAAGCAACAUGAAAAACCCGCCUGGCCCGGUUUGGCUCUGAUCCUUGCUGAAGCCAAGAGUCUUCUCCAGUUCAGAUCUUCUUGCAAGGCAGUUCAGAUUUUGUUUUACUACAUUUUAUCGAUGGCUUCAUCUGAUCUACUUCUGGAGCCUGCACAAAGCAGUUUCCUUUCUUCCAUACAAGAAGUCUGCCUGCCUGCUUCUUUUGUAUAGGAGUCUAGACUUUGAAGCAUAGGAUGAACAACUGGGUUCAUCUGAGUGUGAUAACACUAAACUCUUCCUUGAAAACCUCAGCUGCUAAGGCUUUGCAUUGUCAUGAGCAAGUAGUACAUAUUUGAAGUGUACAUUUUGUUUUUACACAGAUUUGCAGCUCUUCUCCAACACAUUCUUGCCUAAUUUCUUUCCUUCUCAAAAAGUUUAAGCCACGAGCAGGUGCAAUUCACGUGUCUGCAGAAAAUACCGAAGAAAAUACGUGGAAGUCACCUGGAAUUGGAUCACCAGUGUUAUAAGACCAUCAGUUUAGAGAGUCAUUUCUGUGUUCUAUCAAAUAUUUGCUUUGCAGGAGUUCUUGUAUUGAAAAAAAUGCCAAGAACUAAGAUAACCUGGUACUUCUAAGGGACCGUGCCAGAAUUUACUGAAAGCGAAGAGCGGAUUAAUCAACAAAAAGCAUUAUGUAGCUGCUUGGCGAAGCAGUUCUGCAGACACGAAAGCUUUAGCAGUAUUACCACAAAUAAUCAUUCAAGGUCUGAUCAUUCAUCUUCUUCCACCUUGCACAUCAAUAAGGGAUCUGGGACUGGCUAACUGACCGUGACAGAAUUCAAUAGCAUGCUUUUUAGUGUACUCAUUCUCCAUCAUUACCUCUCUCAAACCAGUCCAAAGUCUCCCCUGGAAUGUUAAACUGCCAGAAUCUCCUUCUCUGAAGAGUCUUCUCUUGAGCUGGCGCAUGUUUUGCUGAGCAGGAGUGAGCGCUGUCUUGCCGCUGUUUCCAUCCUGCACCACGCUUCUUGCAGAGCCGCGCGCUUGCGGUACCCGCUCAUGGCAGCCCACAAGAAUGUGGCAGCAUCUCAAGUUCCUCACUGACAAAAACGUAAGAAAACGUGCUCCUCAGUUACCCACUGGCCUGUGCCUGCUGUUCAAAGAACAAAACGGUAUUCUUUCUCCAUUAGAAACCCCACUGGCUGAAAGGGAGUGUCCUCAUUUUCAUUCUGUAGCAACAAGCUUUUCCUUGCUGGUAAUAACCAGUUUUAGAUGAUGAAUGCAAGAUUUUUUUUCUCCUUUACUGUACAAGUCUUUGAAACCAUGAGAAACAAAAUCAUGUCGCAGUGUAAUUUCCCAGUCACUUGGGUUUAGGUGCCUCCAGGCACGUAAUCACUAAAUGAAACCACAAUGGCAGGUAUAGAAAAAUACACUGGUAGUUCUGUUUUUCCAUGAACAUCACAUGUGUCUUCACCUUUACAAGAAACUGAAGCAUGAAGGCUAUAAAUACAAAUAAGUUCACCUGCUUGUCAAAUUUAAGGACAUUUGAGAGCCCAGACAUUUCUCACAGACUCUACUUGGAGAUGUUUAAAAUCCUUUAAUGUUCUGCACCACAGGCCACUCAAAAGAUCAUCAGUUACAGUAUUGGGCAGCGUGUGCUUCCCUGUGAAGUUCUGUUUGGGUGUGUUCUUUGCUGCCACUCCUUCUCUCCUGUGCCUAAUUAUCUAGCGGUCACCAUCUGGUUUAGAAUGACACUCUGCAACCAGUAUUGUUGGCAUCUGAUUUAUUCCUCCGGCCCGCUCGAAUGGGUUUGGCUUUUCUUUUAGUGAUGAAGCUGCUGGUGUUGCUGGUCACAAUUUCUAUUCCCCUGCAAACUUCCAGUUCACCUCCUUGCCCAAUCUGGGAGAACUGUUGGCAUCCAGGUUGGAAAUGGUGCCGUCCUUGUGAGUGCAGUGCAGUUCAGAGUGUGAUGCUGUCUUGAGAAUAAAGGGGAACGUUGAGGAAAUCUGAGUCUGCCACCCUGGCCCACUCCAGUGUGCUCUGUCUUUCUUGGGCCGAGCUUGAAUUUUGGACAAGAUACCAGCAGAGCAGCGCUGUGCUGGGGUCCCGGCCCUGCUCUCGCAUGGGUUACCGUUUGCCACUUUUAUCUUGUUUUACCAAGAGAUGACCUUACGCUCCUUUUGCAGAAGGAGUUUCCUUUUCGUUUUGACCUGCUUUUGCAGGCAGCUCUGAUUUGAAAAUUUGCAAUACUUGUACAUGUGAAACAUUUGUUGUGCGGAUCCGUUGCCUUGGUUAAAGCUUACUAGCUUCUUUUCUGUUAUUUUAGUUCCAGGCUCUCUUCCAUGAAGACUGCAAGCUUCAGUGACCAUUUUAACUAACUUCAGUGCUGUGUCUACUGUCUUUUUGGUUGGUUUUUUGCCAUUAUUCUUGCAGAGCAAUUUGCUGGUUUCUGUUCUGUGCAAACUGGCAGUAGUGCUAAGCUAGUAACAAUUAGACGCUUAUGUUAUUGGAUAACUGACAUUUCUUUUUAGUGUAAGUAAACAUGUUAGCAUUGUUAACCUUUUAAUAUCUGCAAUAAAUGUGGAACUAAACGA